AUGGAAUUAAGAAGUUUUCAUGAACUCUCAAAUUACACUAAUAUUUACUCUUUGAGUACUUUUGAUAUAAAAUCAAAACGAGGCUGUGUAAUCAAUACUUGCAAAAAUGUCCAUAGACUAUGAUGCAGCAAAGAAGGAGAAGUCAAACUUGUCAAGCUUAAUUUUCCCCGAAUUUAUGGUAAACUCUAACUCCCCCGAAUGUGGGUGAACAAAAGUAUUUUUUUCUCAUGCAGGAGGGUUGGUUUGUUUUUUCUAAGUGGGUGAAUUGCCAGCUAAAAAUGCAAUUGAUCUGAGUAUAAUUAUUAGUUUUGGUCGGACCAAAUUGAAAUUCAGAGGGCAAUUCAUUAGCUUAUGGGACUAUUGAAGGGAAUUUUCUAUAUAUAAAUUUUAUAGCAACUUUUUUUUUUCGAAAUUUUAAAAAAAUACCAAUUCACAAAACAUUGGACAGCAAAAUUAAUUUGUAAAAUUUGUUAUUUUAAAAUGCAAGCUGCUUAAAAUUAAACAGAAUUAGCUAGAGAUUUUAUUAACUAAUAACCACUUAUAUAUCAAAAUAUUUUUUCAUAAAAUAAUUCAGAACAGAGGUUUUUUUUUUUUACAAAAUAGGAAUUUUCCAAUGGUUUUGCUCGCUCACAGAGGGAGUAAGAAGCUGACACUGAGAUUUUGGGAAACGCCGGAAUGUGUUGAAAAAGCAUGCUUGUCACUUGUAUUAUCUGCAGGAAUCGAAAUAACACUUUUUCUAUGAAUCUUUAUAUAAGACGGGCCGACGAUGUCACAGGGAUGACUGAGCAUUCUUUUGCCCAGGACUUGGAUUUUGUCCCUUAUAAAGUUUAUAUGGUAAAACCUAUACAGAGAGAUCUAGAUGAUGAAUUAAUCAUAUUUUUAGGAGGAAGUGACUGUAGGCUGCAUCUUUAUAAGGCAGAUUUCGAGUAUUUGUCCCCUGUGGUGUCUGGCCCUUUAGAGUCUUUAACUAGAGAUGAUGAGCUUAUACAGCACCAAGCUCCAGUUAUGGCUAUGCAUACACAGAGAAAUAUCACUUUUAUUUUGAUAGGAAUUGCGUGCCAAAAUGGGGAUACAAAAUUGUUAAAAUAUUCACAUAAUAAACAGUGAAAUAAAGAAGCAAGCUGGCAUGUAAUUUUAGAUGGUCCAAUAUCAGGGCUGCUAUUGUUUAAACUUGAAGCGGGAAUAUCAGAUUUAUUGGUAGCUUCUGCUGUUGGCUAUGCAGUUGUAUAUAGAGAUGUAGCACAAGAAGGGCUUGCAAGGAAAAAUAUUAUUCCUUGUACACAGGAUGCGAUAACUUGUGUAGUUACUUCUGAUAUCGAUUUUGAUGGGCAGCGAGAAAUUAUAUGCUUUUUUGAUUAUAGAGUCUUUGUUGAAUUUCCCAAUUUUUACUGGAUUUUCAAAAAUGACUAUUUAUUGUAAAAAAUAUACUUGGCACAUACAAUCAAACAGUUUGCUGCUAUAAACUCAAAGGAAACGUUUUUGAGCUGAUUUGGUCAAAAACAUUUCCUCAGCCUAUUAUGAGCAUCUGUGAGCUUGACAUUAACCGUGAUGGCAUUUUUGAAUUAAUUGUAGUGACUAUGUACGGAAUUUCAGUUUUCUCGCCUGAUUUUGAAGCAGCAUUGGAAAAAUUAAGAAACAUUAAAAAUUCACUAGAUAAAGCUAUUUAA